CCCUCCGGCGGGAAAGCCGUGACCCCCCUGCAGGAGCGGCGGGGCCGGGGGGGCCCGGGAGAAGAUGGCGACGCCGGGGAGCGAGCCCCAGCCUUUCGUCCCUGCCCUUUCGGGGGCCACUCUGCACCCCCAUCAUCACCCGCACCACCACCACCACCAUCAGCACCACGGGGGCGCGGGAGGCGGCGGCGGGCCCGGGGGAGGCGGCGGCUCCGGGGGUUUCAACCUGCCCUUGAACCGGGGUCUGGAGCGCGCUCUCGAGGAGGCAGCCAACUCCGGGGGGCUGAACCUCAGCGCCAGGAAACUGAAGGAAUUUCCCAGAACUGCGGCCCCGGGGCACGACCUCUCGGACACGGUGCAGGCAGAUUUAUCUAAAAACAGACUGGUUGAAGUUCCAAUGGAAUUAUGCCAUUUUGUAUCACUGGAAAUGCUUAAUCUGUAUCAUAACUGUAUCAGAGUCAUCCCUGAGGCCAUCAUUAAUCUGCAGAUGCUGACUUACUUAAAUUUGAGUCGAAAUCAGCUGUCUGCCCUACCGGCCUGCCUGUGUGGUCUGCCUCUCAAAGUCUUAAUUGCAAGUAACAACAAACUUGGAUCGCUGCCAGAAGAGAUAGGUCAGCUCAAACAGUUAAUGGAGUUGGAUGUCAGCUGCAAUGAGAUCACAGCCUUGCCCCAGCAGAUUGGACAAUUGAAAUCUCUCCGAGAACUGAAUGUCAGAAGAAAUUACCUUAAAGUUUUACCACAAGAACUAGUAGAUCUUCCCUUGGUAAAGUUUGACUUUUCCUGCAAUAAAGUGCUCGUGAUUCCCAUUUGUUUUAGAGAGAUGAAGCAACUGCAAGUAUUAUUGCUUGAGAAUAACCCUUUGCAGUCUCCUCCAGCACAGAUUUGCACCAAGGGCAAAGUGCAUAUAUUCAAGUAUCUAAGUAUACAAGCAUGCCAGAUUAAGACAGCGGAUUCUCUUUAUCUACACACAAUGGAAAGGCCACAUUCACACCAACAUGUGGAAGACAGCAAGAAGGAUUCUGAUUCAGGUGUUGGAAGUGAUAAUGGAGAUAAACGAUUAUCUGCCACAGAGCCUUCUGAUGAAGAUGUUGUUAGCCUCAAUGUGCCAAUGUCAAACAUCAUGGAAGAAGAACAGAUUGUUAAGGAGGACUCAUGUCAUCACCUUAGCCCCAUUAAAGGGGAAUUUCAUCAGGAAUUUCAACCAGAGCUUUCUCUUGUGGGUAACAGUGACAACUCAGGAGAAGAAAGAAAUCAAUUUCCCCAUGGAACAGAUGGUCUCUGUUCAGAAUUUAUAAAUUUUAUUAAGGAUAGGUCAGAGGACUGUGAAGAGCUCUUACGGAUAGAAGAGGACACUCACUGGCAAACCGAGGGGAUAAUAAGAUCAUCCAAAGACCAGGACAUGGAUAUAGGGAUGAUUGAGCAGCUGAGAGAAGCAGUGGAUUUACUGCAAGAUCCCAACAGAUUAAGUACAGAUAUUACAGAGAGAAGUAUUGUAAACUUUUAUCCUAUGGAAUCAGCAGAAACCUUAGAAUUACAAGAUCCUGCAUUAAAUGGUCAGAUACAGCUGGAGACGUCUCCCAUGUGUGAGGUGCAAAAUGACUUAACUUUACAGAGUAAUGGGAGCCAAUAUUCUCCAAGUGAGAUUAGAGAGAAUUCUCCUGCAGUCUCUCCUACCACAAAUACCACUGCUCCAUUUGGCCUGAAGCCUCGAUCAGUGUUUCUAAGACCUCAGAGAAAUUUGGAAUCUAUAGACCCUCAGUUUACAAUUCGGAGAAAAAUGGAACAGCUGAGAGAAGAAAAAGAAUUGGUGGAACAACUCCGUGAGAGCAUCGAGAUGAGGCUCAAGGUGAGCCUGCAUGAGGACCUGGGGGCUGCGCUCAUGGACGGCGUGGUCCUCUGCCACCUGGUCAACCACAUCCGCCCGCGCUCCGUGGCGAGCAUCCAUGUCCCUUCACCAGCAGUGCCCAAACUUAGCAUGGCAAAAUGCAGAAGAAAUGUGGAAAACUUUUUGGAAGCAUGCCGAAAAUUAGGAGUACCAGAGGAAAAACUAUGUCUACCACAUCAUAUCCUUGAGGAGAAAGGCCUGGUCAAAGUGGGCAUUACCAUCCAAGCCUUGCUGGACGUCUCUGUAACAAAGGCUCUGUUCACAUGAAAGCAACUCCUCUACUUUGGGUUGACUCAGACUCGUCUCCCAUCAGAGACCCUGAACUCUGCUCUCGGCACCUGUUCCCCCAUUGUCCCAUCACUGCCUGUCACUUCCCCGACUAAUUGCAUGGAAAGAGGGACAUAAGGGAAACAAUUCUACCUUUCAGAACUCACCUCCAACAUUAAGACGUGGCAGGUAUUCAUCUGGAAACCAGCAAGGGAGCUGGUGAUGAAGAACUUAGCAGCACAUCAAUGCCUUUUACAACCUCCUUUAACCCUUCCACGCUCACCCACUGCCAUUAUCAAAACACCAAGCACAACUGUUUUUGCUGCAAGAUGCAUUUGUUUUAUUCAAACCAAACUCAUUGUGUAUUUGGUGGGGGGAGGGGGAAUCAAUCAGGUUUUUCACCACCAAAUUUUUCAAGAAGUUUCUUGAGACCAUUGCCUUUUAAAAAUCUAUUUUCGACAUACAAAAUAUUUAUAUAAAUAUUAUUUAUUAGUGAGUUGUUAUUCAUCCUUUGGAUGCAAAUUGUAAAUUAGGAAACUAUUUUAUUACUGCUUUUUUGUGGUUAAACACUUUAUUUUAAUAUUAUAAAUAUUGAGUUAUUUUCUAUCCUCUUUGGUGUGCAGUAGUUCUAGGUCUCAGAAAUCAUGUUUUCUGAUGUAUGUGACUCAGAAAAAAAUUAAGGAAAAAACAGGUGCUUCUGUGACAAGAACUGUUUUCUGGGGAGACAUUUUUGAUACUUUGGUUUAUGGAACAUUGGUCUUAUUUAUGUUUCUGCAUUCCAUCCAGUUUCCUACAUUCCAGCAGCUCUGUUGUCCCCUGAUAUAAUGAGACUGACUCAAGAGAGCACCCCAAAGUUUUUUGUAAAUAGCUGUGAUGGAAAAAAUAUAUAUACUAAACUUGAAGAUAAAAUGUGAACAAUUAUUUUCUUGGAUUCAUACUUAUUUUGCUAUGCACAAAACAUUCACGUUUUAACACACAAGUAAUAAGUGUUAGCAUCAUGUGUCUUGAAGUAUAAUUUUGCACUGUAACUUGGAUGAUUAAAGAAAGUCUAGCACCAAAGGUAGAUCAUAAGGAAAUGGUAUAGGGAAGUAGAGAUGAUAAAAUGCUUAUUGUCUAACCAAAAUGGUUUUCAAGGCCAACUUCAACUGAACGGUGGAGAAUUUACUGAAGGCACAUAGGAUCUGCCUGGAUCAGUUAAUCAGCACUUCCUACUGCUGCCAGUUUUAAAAGCAGAAACAAUUGUGAGAUGUAGAUGUGCUCAUUUACUGUAACUUUGUUGGUGACGUUCCAAGAAGUCCAUAACACUGCAAGAUUUGUGGUCUCUGGUGUGAAAAUGCAGGAGUAAAUUUUGUGAAUUGGUGGGGCAGCCGCAUGCGACAUCAGGUGGGCUGAGGAGAAGGUUAAGUAAGUAGGGUUGGUGAGGCUCAGUGUCCUAGGAGGGAGCAAGUUAAAACAAAACAUGAGGAUGACUAGAGAAAGGCCAGCAAAGGAAAGGGACCCGUGCAGUUCUGAGGGAGUCACUGAGGAGUGACGUGCAGAUGCACUCAAAUCAACCUGCAGGUGCAGAGACCCCAGAGUCUGGUGAAUGCUGACUGCUUCUUCACCUCUAGGAAAAGCCAUAGGAGCAGCAGCAGUCACAAUCUGUAAGACAAAUGUAAAGGUGAACACAAAAGAAAACACACCAAGAGGAGGAUGUGCAUUGAAUAACAGACAAACAUCAGCCCAAAGCCAAGGCUGCCCUCCACUCUGAGCAUCAUGAAGGGGUUACUGAAAACAAUUGUUUAGAUUGGCAGCUAGCAGUUAUUUCCUAUCAAAUGUACUGUGCACUUUAACCUAACUUAAAAUAUAUUUUAAUAUUUUCCUGUACUGCACAAAUACCUGUUUGUCAAAUAGCAUAAUGAUGUAAAGAAGAAAGACGUUUUGAACAAAGAGUGUAUUCAUUGUAAACAUUCAGAGGUUGAUUAUAGAAAUAGGAAUUUAGAUUGCUGCACCUUGAUGGGCAUUCAGAAUGCAGGGUCCGGAAAUAUUUUUUGUACAUGUAUAUAUGGCAAUAUUAAGUUUUCUGUAAUCUUUGUUUUGAGAGUUUUUUUUUUUUUUCAAAAAUUAAAAUAUUUCCUUUGAUAUUAAUUUCCUGUUUUCUUGAAGUUGGCUGUAUAAUACAAAUGACUUCAAUAUUUUGUAAAGUGGCUUUUUUUUUUUCUAAAUCCUUGUAUGGCUAAGAUGUCUUCAAGAUCUAUGUACACUGUUUAUAUGUGCAAUAAAAUGUGCAUGGUCAGCUGACAGUACCAUAGGUGGACAGAAUGUACAUAGUGCAAAUUUGCCUUUCUUUUAUUAUUUAAUAGUCAUUAAAACUUUGAAUUUGU